CCAAUGGCAAUCAUUUUGUGUUCCCGGAACUCGGCGUGUAAAGGUGCUUAUUUGAGAUAAAACUCCUUUAAUCACGACAAUGCAAUAUUCAUAAAAAUCUGACAUUGACGUAAAAUGUUUACAACAAUUUUAUCAACUAUUCGGCUGUCUUAAAAUGCGCAUUGCUCCUCUCAUUAUAACACUAAAUACGAUUUAAAAGUUAAUCUAGACUUUUUUUCUAAGGCCUCCCUUUUUAUCCUCGUUCACUAAUACCAUUGGCUGCGGCAAACGUCAAUCAAAACUUUAGACCAAUCGCCUUUCAGGGAGUGUAAAUCCGAAAAUACUUGACUUUGCCGGAAAUCAAAGAAGAGUGCUUGAUUUUAGAAGGAAUGAGGAGCAAAGCUAACUACACGAAGAGGACUUAAAGACAGUUUAAAGAAGUAGGAAGGAAACGAACCAAGCAUGCUGGUAAUGAAGACCGCUGUGUCCUUCCUGAUAGCUGCCUAUGUGUCCACGCCGGUCCUGCUCUAUGCGCUCCCUUGGACUUUGGGAUACGCCAUAUUUGCUCACUUGUUGAGAAUUCCGUUGUUUGUGGAUCUGGGCCGGCCUGAAAACAUACUGAACCACACCAGCAACUUCUACCUCCACACCGAGGAUGGCAUCACGGUGGGCGUAUGGCAUACGCUCCCUGCCAGCCAAUGGGGCGAGGCCGCAGGGAAAAGCCCCGAAUGGUACCAAGAAGCUCUUGGAGACGGAAGCCCUGUUAUUGUCUAUCUCCAUGGCAACGUGGGAAACAGGGCCAAAGGUCACAGGGUGCAGCUGGUGAAGAUUUUAAGCCGAGGCGGUUUCCAUGUCCUGUCUUUGGACUACAGAGGCUUUGGCGACUCCACUGGGGUGCCCACUGAAAACGGUGUGACCACAGAUGCCCUCUACCUGUACAAGUGGGUGAAGCGGCACAGCAGGAGGUCUCCGGUGUACUUGUGGGGACACUCUCUGGGAUCAGGGGUUGCCAGCAACACUGCAGUCAAGCUGCAAGAAGAAGGGUCCACUCUGGAUGCCUUGAUCCUGGAGGCUGCUUUCACAAAAAUAGGAGAGGUUGUCACAGUCUUUCCGCUGUCCAAGCUCUACAUGUUCCUUCCGGGCUUUGAAGACUUUCUGUGGGACACUUUGGAAACCAACAACCUGCUGUUUGCUAACGACGACAAUGUGAAGGCUCUGACGUGUCCACUGCUCAUACUGCAUGCAGAGGACGACGACGUGGUUCCGUACCACAUGGGUCAGAAGUUGUACCAGAUAGCUGCGCGGGUGCGAAAGGAACGCCACAGCAACGUCAAGCUGCAAAUGAUCUCCUACGAAGCAAGUCUUGGAUACUCCCACUGUGACAUCCACUUAGACCCCAACCUGUCCAAGUCAGUGCGGGAUUUUCUGAACCUCCGAGGGUAAAGUGACUAUCUUAACAGCACAUCAUCAUGUAACACGUCUGUAACAUACUCACUGUCAGUGUAACAACCACAUUAGAUGCUGACUGCAACAUACUGUAGACAUUGCAGUAAAACAUGAGUGUUACUGUACCGUACCUAUGACCUGUGUGUUACAGUAACACACGUGACGCAGUAUGUUACUGUAACUCACAUAGGAGAUACUGUUCCCAUACUGGUGACGCACUGUUACUGUAGCAGUCUUGGCAUCGUAUUACUGUAAUCUAGAUGUCAGUGUAACAUACAGUACAUGUGAUUACUUUCAUUGAUAUAGUUGUAUAUGCGACAUGCACGUGACAUACUGUCUGUUACUGUAACGUUCAUAUGACAUUUGUUACUGUGACAUGCAUAUGGCAUAUAUAUAUAACACUUUUACUGGAACAGAGUGCUGCAGUAGCAUACAAAAUGUGUAUCUCUGUAACGUAUGAUAGUGUAAAAUUACAUGACAAUAUUACUGUAAGUAUGACACUGUAAUGUAACAAGUAACAAUGUUACGGUGACAUGCUGUUUUACUGUACUGUCACAUACACAGCAUGUACUGUUACUGUGACAUGCUUGGCAUAUACUGUAAUAUACGUGUGACAUGUGUUACUGUAAAAUGUAUGCCAUAUAAUGUUACAUUAAUUUACAUGUGACAUGUGUUACUGUAACAUCUAAUAUGUUAUUGUAACACAAAUGGUAUUUCCUGUUACAGUAAGGUGACAUGUGUUACUGUAACAUGUAUGCCAUAUACUGUUACAGUAACAUCUAAUAUGCUGUGUUGUUGUAACAUGAAUCGCAUUUUCUGUUAUAGUAACAUGACAUGUGUUGCUGUAAAAUAGCAUAUACUAUUUCAGUUACAUGGGAUGUGUUACUGUAACAUGUAUGCCAUAUACUGUUACUGUAACAUCUAAUGUGUUACUGUAACAUGUAUGCCAUAUACUGUUACCGUAACAUAUGUGUUACUGUAACAUGUAUGCCAUAUACUGUUACCGUAACAUAUAAUGUGUUAUUGUAACAUGAAUGGCAUUUCCUGUUGCAGUAACACAUCUCAUGUUACUGCAACAUGUAUACUAUAUACUGUUGCAGUUACAUGUUAUGUGUUACUGUAACAUACCGUAUACUGUUAUUGUAACAUGAAUGGCAUUUCCUGUUACAGUAAUGUGCCACAUGUUACUGUAACAAAUAGCAUAUACUGUUGCAGUUACAUUUGAUGUGUUACUGUAACAUGUAUACCAUAUACUGUUACGGUAACAUAUAUGUUAUUGUAACAUGAAUGGCAUUUCCUGUUACAGUAACGUGACAUGUGUUACUGUAACAUGUAUAGUGUAUACUGUUACAGUAACACAUUGUAACAAAUAGCAUAUACUGUUGCAUUUAUAUACAUGUGACACGUGUUACUGUAACAUGUAUGCCAUAUUUCCCCUCGGGGAUCAAUAAAGUAUUUCUGAUCUGAUAUACUGUUACAGUAACAUCCAUUAUGUUGUGUUAUCGUAACCUAAAUGGCAUUUCCUGUUACAGUAAUGUGACAUGUGUUACUGUUACAGUAACAUCCAUUAUGUUGUGUUAUUGUAACAUAAAUGGCAUUUCCUGUUACAGUAAUGUGCCACGUGUUACUGUAACAAAUAGCAUAUAUUGUUGCAGUUACAUUUGAUGUGUUACUGUAACAUGUAUACCAUAUACUGUUACGGUAACAUAUAAUAUGUUAUUGUAACAUGAAUGGCAUUUCCUGUUACAGUAACGUGACGUGUUACUGUAACAUGUAUAGUAUAUACUGUUACAGUAACACAUUGUAACAAAUAGCAUAUACUGUUGCAUUUAUAUACAUGUGACACGUUACUGUAACAUGUAUGCCAUAUUUCCCCUCGGGGAUCAAUAAAGUAUUUCUGAUCUGAUAUACUGUUACAGUAACAUCCAUUAUGUUGUGUUAUCGUAACCUAAAUGGCAUUUCCUGUUACAGUAAUGUGACAUGUGUUACUGUUACAGUAACAUCCAUUAUGUUGUGUUAUUGUAACAUAAAUGGCAUUUCCUGUUACAGUAAUGUGCCACGUGUUACUGUAACAAAUAGCAUAUAUUGUUGCAGUUACAUUUGAUGUGUUACUGUAACAUGUAUACCAUAUACUGUUACGGUAACAUAUAAUAUGUUAUUGUAACAUGAAUGGCAUUUCCUGUUACAGUAACGUGACGUGUUACUGUAACAUGUAUAGUAUAUACUGUUACAGUAACACAUUGUAACAAAUAGCAUAUACUGUUGCAUUUAUAUACAUGUGACACGUGUUACUGUAACAUGUAUGCCAUAUUUCCCCUCGGGGAUCAAUAAAGUAUUUCUGAUCUGAUAUACUGUUACAGUAACAUCCAUUAUGUUGUGUUAUCGUAACCUAAAUGGCAUUUCCUGUUACAGUAAUGUGACAUGUGUUACUGUUACAGUAACAUCCAUUAUGUUGUGUUAUUGUAACAUAAAUGGCAUUUCCUGUUACAGUAAUGUGCCACGUGUUACUGUAACAAAUAGCAUAUAUUGUUGCAGUUACAUUUGAUGUGUUACUGUAACAUGUAUACCAUAUACUGUUACGGUAACAUAUAUGUUAUUGUAACAUGAAUGGCAUUUCCUGUUACAGUAACGUGACGUGUUACUGUAACAUGUAUACUAUAUACUGUUACAGUAACACAUUGUAACAAAUAGCAUAUACUGUUGCAUUUAUAUACAUGUGACACGUGUUACUGUAACAUGUAUGCCAUAUUUCCCCUCGGGGAUUAAUAAAGUAUUUCUGAUCUGAUAUACUGUUACAGUAACAUCCAUUAUGUUGUGUUAUUGCAACAUAAAUGGCAUUUCCUGUUACAGUAAUGUGACAUGUGUUACUGUUGCAGUUACAUGUGAUGUGUCACUUUAACAUGUAUACCAUAUACUGUUACUGUAACAUCUAAUAUGUUAUUGUAACAUGAAUGGCAUUUCCUGUUACAGUAACGUGACAUGUGUUACUGUAACAUGUAUAGUAUAUACGUGUUACAGUAACACAUAGCAUAUACUGUUGCAUUAAUAUACAUGUGUUACUGUAACAUCCAAUAUGUUGCGUUAUUGUAACAUGAAUGGCAUUUCCUCUUACAGUAAUGUGACAUGUGUUACUGUAACGAAUAGCAUAUACUGUUGCGGUUACAUGUGAUGUGUUACUGUAACAGUAUAUGGCAUACAUGUUACAGUAAUAUCUACAGUAAUGUGCCAUGUGUUACUGUAACAAAUAGCAUAUACUGUUGCAGUUACAUGUGAUGUGUUACUGUAACAUGCAUGCCAUAUACUGUUACAGUAACAUCUAAUGUGUUAAUGUAACAUGAAUGGCAUUUCCUGUUACAGUAAUGUG